ACCGACGACAAUUUCUAGAUCAGCAUGACAUUUACGAUUCAAGAAGUGGAUGAACUCGUUUUCUGACUCUCCAAGUCUGUAGAGAUUCGAUAGCAACGCCACAACCCAAAAUGUAUCCCUCCCCAGAUUCCAUCGAUAUUCCCACCUCCUAUGAGACUCUCGGUACAACCACUGUCAAACUUUCCCACCACCCUGCUGGCUCUUCAACAGCAACUCCCGUCAUCGUUGUGACGCUGAACAGACCGAAAAAUGGCAAUGCUUUCACAGUAGACAUGAUGCGGGAUUUUGAGAAGAUCUAUCCGAUGUUUGAUGUGGACGAGCGAGUAAAAGUCGUGGUGCUUACUGGUGCUGGGAAGAUGUUCUGUGCUGGUGCGGAUCUGGAUGUUGGAUUCAAAGGGGGAGAGGAGAGGGUUAUGGAUCAUAGAGAUGGGUGGGUCAUCUUCUUAUUUGUAAACCAAGUUGGGAACUCGAACUUAAAAGAUCCAAAUCAUUGGAGGCCGAUUAGCUCUCGCAAUCUAUCGCUGCCGCAAACCUACUAUCGUAGCUUUGCAGGGCUCAGCUGUAGGUCUGGGCAUGACUAUGACUCUACCAGCAGCAAUCAGGUACAUAGCCCUUCUUCUCUAAGAACCACCUCGGUGCUCAAUUCUAGCAGAAUUGCCUGCGAAAGUGGCAAAUACGGCUUUGUCUUCGCACGGCGUGGCAUCACCAUGGAAUCCAUGUCCUCCUACUUCCUUCCUCGCUUAAUCGGGCACUCUCGCGCCAUCUACCUCCUCACCACAGGCCUAACCUAUCCACCCAACUCGCCUCAUUUCGGCCACCUCUUCCAAGAAACUCUUCCCAAACCAGAACAGGUUCUCCCUAGAGCGUUAAAGCUCGCUGAAGAUAUCGCGCAGAAUGUGAGUCCGUUGGCGGGGUACCUGAAUAGGGAGUUGAUCUGGAGAGCGCCUGGAAGUGUGGAGGAGACUCAUUUGUUGGAUAGCGCGGUGCUUUAUCAUAUGUUUGAUAAUCCUGACCAAAAGGAAGGUGUUGGCGCGUUCUUUGAGAAGAGGAAACCGAAUUUCAAGGCGACCUUAGAGGAACAUGGCCCUUCCUUUUUCCCUUGGUGGACGGAAGUUGAUACUGGAAGUCGACCAAAAGCGAACAGAGAAAAGUCUAAGCUGUGAAGUUGCUACGAUCGAAAAGUUCAUCUCUCAUUUAAAGUUAUAUGCAACCCCAAGUCUGUCAAGUACACCGUCAAAGGAAUCAAGGCGCACAUGACGGUGUCCCCAGAAUAAUCGAGUUUAUGCGUCUUUGUGGUCUAUUCCAAUCCGCUUCCAUUGCCCAUAUCGUUUCACGAGAUCUCUGAUAACUCCAAGCACUCUGCCACGUCCGUUAACGACGGAAAAUUUGACCGCAGCAUGCGAAAAGAUCACUCACUGUUUGCGAAGAGUUUCUCUCUCUGGGACUAGAGCAGAAACAUGGGUGCUGAAUCUCCUGCCGAAACGUAAGCCGAUGGGUCAUCUUCCGGCACCAAGAGACUUCUCACAGCUUGCAAGGAUACAAACGCCCAUUCUAGCAUCAUGAUACCAAGCUCCUUUGAAGAUUCGUCUAGGAGAAGCAAGAGAGCAGCGUAAGGGCACGACGGGUUAAUGGCCUGCCAAAGCAACCUCAAGAAUACGGUCCUCCAUACCCUCAACAAACACAGCCUGUAUUUCUGCGUCCUGUAGACGUUGCCGCCCUGCGAUGAGAAUUCUCUGAUCGAUAAAAUUUUCUGGCUCCUUGAUCCCGAUGUACACGGCCUUGAUACAUUCCUUCAAUGCCAGUAUUCUGUCAACGCAUGGUUUGUUUCCACUCAACCUCUCGUUGCAUGGCUCCAUCGUUGUAUACAGGAUGGUGUUUCGCGGCAGUACCUCACAGAGUCGCGCUUCCGGAAGGUUGUGUUCCUGUCCUACUUUGAUGAAGCAACACUGCUCUGCAUGCGUCUUUCCUGGGUCUUCUGGGUUGUUGUCUGGUAGUUCCAGUGACCACCCAGUUGACAGUAUCUUGUUCUCAUCCGCGUCGACGAGGACAGCUCCUACGCAGAACUUGGUAGGUGCAGGUGGCGAAUGUCGAGCCUGCUCCAGAGCAUACUCCAUGUAACCCUCAUGAUUACCAGCAGCUAUUUUGGGAUGAGUUGGUUCGGAAAACAUAGUUGCAUGAAAUUGAACGCAAAACAGGCAGGACCUUCUUCUGACUGCAAGGUCAAUCACAGUCGCGUAUGGUACCUUGCGGUCAAGGACGGAAUAAAGUUAAAGCUUGCCGUGUUCACAAAAUAGCAAGAUAGGCUAUUUCGA